UUGUCAUUAAUUUAUGUUGAAACAGCAUCGCGAGUGCAUGUCGGACAGUAAAAGUGUAAAUUUCGGGGAAUUUCACAGUACAAGUAGUGGAAAAAUUGCUGUAAAUCACGUGAACAAUAUCAGUAGAGUAUGUGUCGUGUGAAAUGAAAAUGCAAUAUUUGUUGGUCGCCGAGGAAUUGCGUCAAAUUGAUUUUCGGGGACACAGCGUAAAAACUCGUGCUCACACUCUCUUUUUCAUAAAUCAAUGAGACUUCCUUUCUCCACUGGCGAAUAAGUGAUACCCACGUCACGGCGCACAAUUGGACGACACAGUGCAGGUGUUUGAUUUGGAAGAAUAGGGAUUUAUUGAAGAAAACAGACAAACACACAAAUACAUACGGUAGCCCUCCUCUUCCAAAAACGAGAAAGAAAACGGUGAAAGGCACGCAGGGAUUUCCGCGAGAAGCGAGAAAGACAGGGGUAAAUAAUGCCGAGUAAGAAACGUCCAACAGCCGCCAAUCGCCAACAGGGAGUCUCUCCAUCUGGUCACAAGUACGCGAGUGGGGCAGGAGCAAAGGAGCCCCAACAGUCGAUGGCAAAUGGAGAUGUUGCCAGUGGUGGUCACGUACUAACAGCUAAACAGCGACAACAACUGGACAAGAGCAUUUUCUUGGCUUCACUAACGAAAAAUGAGUUACAGAACGAGUGCAGGAAACGCGGUCUAAAGAUAACAGGAAAUAAGAUGGAAUUGCUCCAAAGACUAGGAUAUAAAAUGUCUCAUCACAAUCACAACCAACAGUCUACGGUGACAUCUUCCACGUCAGGCACUUCCCGGCAGAAUCAGCAGAAAAAGACACCAAAUGGAACAGCGAUGGACUCCUUCGUAAGGAAACAGUCCGCUCGUGAUCGAGAGAAGGAGCGCAAUGAACGGAAAAAGAUUGUCAUUUGGCGGCAUCCAAUUCUGACAUCGAAAUAUUGUGCCCUAGAGUGUAUGACACUUAUGCAAACAUAUGGACGAAAACUUGCGGAUCAUAAGAAACUCAUGGCUCUCCUGGUGGCUGUCGUCGCGAUGGUGAUUGCAAUGUACCAUGUUCCAGGGCGACACCAGACGUACAUUGACCUGAUUCGGGUGCACAUGUGGUUUGUGACCUACUGGGUAGGUCUUGGAGUGCUGUCGUCCGUCGGCCUCGGUACGGGACUGCACACAUUCCUGUUGUAUCUGGGACCACACAUAGCCAGCGUGACAAUGGCAGCUUAUGAGUGUAAUUCACUCAACUUUCCAAAGCCACCCUAUCCGGAUGAGAUCAUCUGCCCUGAGAAGGUGGAUCCCACAUUCAUUCCAUCACUGUGGAACAUUAUGGGGAAGGUGCGCGUUGAGGCUUUUCUCUGGGGCGCUGGAACUGCUCUUGGGGAGCUGCCGCCCUACUUCAUGGCAAAGGCUGCUCGCCUGUCAGGUUAUGAUCCUGACGAUGCUGAGGAUUUGCAGGAGUUUGAGGAGUUGAAGAAGAAGCGAGAACAGGGUGCCGAUUUGAACUAUCUCGAUCGUGCCAAGCUUUUUAUGGAGCGACUGGUGGAGCGUGUUGGAUUCCCUGGAAUACUUGCUUGUGCAAGUAUUCCCAAUCCACUGUUUGACCUGGCUGGAAUCACGUGUGGACACUUUUUGGUGCCAUUUUGGACCUUCUUUGGAGCAACACUGAUUGGCAAGGCUGUGAUUAAGAUGCAUAUCCAGAAGAUAUUUGUGAUAAUUGCAUUCAAUGAGACUCUGAUUGCCAAGGCGCUCGACCUUUUGGCUUUGAUACCCUUCAUGGGGAAGCGACUUCAGGAGCCAUUCAAAGCAUUUCUGCAGAACCAGAAAGCACGCCUCCAUCGUGGACCGGCGAGAAAAGCGUCAGAGACGGGAAAUUUCCUGGCACGUCUCUUUGAGAAGUUUGUCGUCGCCAUGAUUGUAUACUUUGUGGUGUCGAUCAUCAAUUCGCUGGCACAGAGUUAUCACAAACGGAUUCACAAGAAAGGCGGAAAGGUGCAUCGAAAGGUGGCGAGAGACUAGUCGACGAAGAAAUUGCAGCUAAGCAAUGAGUGUGUAUAUGGUUCUUUAGUUAGAUGAAAUUAUUAUUUUUUGAUUAAUUUUCAUUUUGUAAAACUGUUGCACAGAAAAUUGUGCAUUGCAAAUGUCUGUCUUCACUGAUUUGAAGGUUUUCUGGUGGAAUUUGAAUAAAAAAAUCCAGCUUUUCGGGCUUUCAGUCUCAAGAGAGAAAAUGAAAUAAUAAAAAAAAGUUGUUUCUAUAUGUGUAAAGAUAAUGAAAAGUUUGUUUAAUUGACAGUCAAAAAGAUGCAACAUUGGAAGUAUAUAAAUUAUCCAAAGAGAUAUUAGAUACAUAAUGCAAAAAGGCUUUCUUCCCCUCUACCCAAGUGUUUGGCGCAUAUUUGGGAAAUUGCUCAGAGAUUUUUGCAAGCGUUUAUAGUGAAAGGAAUAUAAGAAGAAUUUUGUAUUGAAUAGUACAUCAAAGAAGACACUAGAAUCCUCCCCACGAGACCUAGAAAAAGAUCCUCUUAAGCGUAAUAACUAGAUGAAAUUAAGUAAUCAAAAUGAUAUAGAUGAAAAAUUGCCAUUCCCUGACUAAAAAAGUGAGAAACAUUAUUAGAAGUGUACAUUAUAUUCAUUGAAUUUAUCUCACAAUUGACGUAGAUGAUAAAAUGAUACAAAAAUAGUCGAAUGUGUAUUUAUUGCAAGGAUUUGUAAUAUUAUAUAUAGUAGAGUUUUUGUGUGUUUGAGUUCCUGUGGUAGGAGAUAAUAAGGGUUUUGUUGCGUUUUUUGUGGGCUACAGAGUAAUCCAGCAAAAAUUACCAAUUACAUUUAAAUAUACAACACAAAAUAUUUACAUAUUAUACAUUUUCUCAUUUUUAAGUGUGUAAUAUUAAGUACAAUUUUCAUGGGUAUUGUAUUCUCAUGCGAGAAAAAACAGAUUCAUACAAACGGUUUGAGACAUGAGUUGCGAAAAAUAAAAAUAUACAGAAGUAAUAAGAAAAGUA